UGGCACUUGGACACUUGUGGAUAAACAAACCAUGAAGAUACUAUAACAACUCUGGCCAUAAUGACUGUGUGAAGGUGGUCAUGGCUAACCUGGAAGAGCAGGAGGCUGCAGUGGAUGUAGCUGCUGGAUCUGGGAUUCAGCAUGGAGGUGUGGAGUCUCCAGCAGGUGAAGGAGAGACUAUAGCUGCACACAUAGAGCCUGCAGGGACAGAACAGACAAGCCCUGAAAAGAUAGAAGUGGUUUCUGUUGGAGAUGAGGACCUUCCAGCCUCUGACACCCCAUCCACUCUCAAUGCCAGUGCCCUUGAUACCCAUGACGGCAACCUGGCAGCAGAAAACAGUACUAAUAAACUGGCCUUUGAGACCACAGAAAGCAUGGAGUGUCAGCCUGAAGCCCCCAACAAUAUUCAAACACAGUCCUGUCCAGCAAUGCCUGUUACUAAAGUCCAGCCUUUCCUAUCAGAUGAUUUAGCAGAGGAGAAGACACUCCGAGGCCGUUUGUUUGCACGAAGGAUGGAGCUGUUAAUUGGCGCAUGUGCAUUACUGAUGGUUAUCCUUGUGCUUGGCAUUGGGCUGGGAGUGGGUCUGAGCUGUAUGGGGAAGUUCCGGUGUGGCUCAUCUCACUGUAUCAGCAGCUCUGCUCAGUGUGAUGGACACGUGGACUGUGAGCAUGGCGAGGAUGAGCUUGGCUGUGUGCGUGUAAGUGGGAAGAGUUCAGUUCUCCAGGUGCUGAGUGACGGAGUGUGGAGCACAGUGUGUUCAGAGGACUGGGACCAUGAGCUGGGUUUGUCUGCCUGCAAACAGCUUGGAUAUACUAGCUUUGUGCAAUCUGGUUCUCUCCCUCUCUCCAACAUUGAACAAGAUCUUCAGAGUAACCUGGUAUCAAUCAACCUGAGCGAGCCAAGUCCACUGCAUGCCGUCAAGAUACACAACGCAACCAGCCUGAGUAAAACUGAAUGCAGCUCAGGAGAAGUGAUUACUCUGAAGUGUUUGGAUUGUGGCUCCAGGCCUCAGUUCAGCACACGUAUCGUUGGGGGUAACCUGUCUCGAGAAGGCCAGUUUCCCUGGCAGGUGAGCUUGCACUUCCAGAGUGAACACUUGUGUGGAGGAUCUAUUGUAGCACCACGCUGGAUACUAACCGCUGCACACUGUGUUUAUGGCUUUGCCUUCCCACAGCUAUGGACGGUUCUUGUUGGACUUACAGAGCAGCCAGUCAGCGGGGCCAAGUAUCUUUCCGUGGAGAAGAUCAUUUAUCAUGCCCGGUACCGGCCUAAAGGCCUGGACUAUGAUAUUGCAAUGCUGAAACUAGUGGAGCCGCUUACCUUCAAUGGCUAUAUUGAGCCCAUCUGUCUGCCUAACUUUGGAGAAGAAUUUGAGGAUGGGAAGAUGUGCUGGAUUUCAGGCUGGGGGGCCACCGAGGAUGGGGGUGAAGCCAGUGUAUCUCUGCACUCUGCGAGGGUGCCACUUAUCUCCGCCAAAGCCUGCAGCCAGCCUGAGGUCUAUCAGGGCUACAUCUCCCCUGGCAUGAUCUGCGCUGGAUACCUGGAGGGAGGAACAGACUCCUGCCAGGGGGACAGUGGUGGUCCACUGGCCUGUGAGGACUCCUCUGUGUGGAAGCUGGUCGGGGCCACGAGCUGGGGUCAAGGCUGUGCUGAGAGAAACAAACCUGGAGUCUAUACACGCAUCACGCAGGCCCUCGCCUGGAUACACCAGCAAAUGGAGAGAGAAGAAACACUGAACCCCUCUCCAGUCAGUUCAGACAACUGAGACUGUGUGGAACAAGGAGGCUGUAUAUUUGCCAUUCAAACAAUGCUUCCGCAAGUCCUGGACCUCUUUCAUUCUGAAUGGACGUGUUAGUGAGAGUGUUACUGUAGAACCAUGGACAGAUUUGACUGUAGUCACUUAUGCACUCUAUGUCCAAAAGCAUCCAGUAUACAGAGUCUUCUAUUUAGUGAAUCUGAAACUCAUGCUCUUAAGAUGAUUUCCUGCCAAAAAAACCUGGCUCAGGCUUUAUAUCAACUUCCCACACAUGGCCUCAUAGCCUGGUUUGGCCUGGUCUUAAAGCAGAUGGUAGCACUUUACUUGCACCCUCCUUUGGAUCAGCAAAACAGCAUAUGACAUCUGCCAUGACAUGGUUAUGGCAGGGUUAUAUCAAUGCUAUGUUACAGGGUUAAGAAGUGUUAUCAUAGUGAUUCAUGUUGGGGGUGACAGUACACAACUUCAUCACAUCUUUACGGUACCACACAAAAGUAUAGGGAAAUCUUUAGAUCUCCAAUACCUGUGAGUACACUUGUACCAUGAGCAGGUAAAGGAUUUCUUCAGGAGCUUCCAGAAACCAUUUUUUCUUUCAGAUUUUGCCGUCUAGAACUCAGCCAAACCUUACUACUACUGCUGCUGCUUUUAUGUUAAACCAUAUAUCCACAAAUAUAUUUGGUAUACAUUGGCACUUUAAAAUAAGACUACCCUUCAAAUGGUUUAAAAAUGAGUUAAUUAAUGGUUAUGUAUUAUAGGUCAUAAAAACCUUAAAAUCAUUAAUAAGCGUUUACAUAUAAAUAAAAAGGGUAACAGUGACCUCUCGUUUGCCUAACAGUGAACCCUCAUGUAUACUGUCAAACAGAUCUUAUUUUGCCUUCUUCAGUUAGCAUUAAACCUUAAUCUACUAAGCAUUAAUCAGCUUAAUCACAUAUCCAUCUUCUUCAAAUAGAACAGCUCACUUUUGCCCUUUUUAUUAAUGUGUUAUAACAUAUAGCUUAUUAAAGAUUAAUGAAGUGUUUACAACCCAAUUAAUAUCCAUUAACAAACCAUUUUAAACCAUUUAUGAACCCUUUGUAAAGGUAGUCUUAUUUUAAAGUGGUGUAGAUAUUUAGAUGUUUUAUUUAAAUAAGAAUGAUUGGCGGGAGAAGUUUAGAUUUGGCCAACAUUUUAAACCAGUAUUCAUCUCUACUCUGGAUGAGCAGACUGUUUAGGUGACACUGGGCUACUGAGAAAUGUUCAUUUCUCUGUAACACUAAUCCCAGUGGAUCAGACUCAAUUUCUACAUUUUUAUAAACAUCCAUGUAUCAGUAUCAGUGAAUAUGUGGCAUCAGCCCACAGUUUCCAGAUCGGUGCAUCACCAAUACUUUAUCUGAACAAAUCUGUCUACAUAAAAAUGAGCACAGUAAUUGCAGUUUGAUUUUUCUUUACAUUUUGCUAAAUGUUUAAACACGUCUCCACUGAUCUCAAGAAAAAGAAAGCAUCUUAACAUUAUUUCUGUACUUUUUAUUCAUUAGAAAAACGUCUUUAAUCUAAUACAUAGACUGCCAUUAUUUAGAAUGGGCUGCCAACCAUAGAAAACAGUGUGACAAGAUUGAAACGUCAUGCUUGUGUCUUUUAACAGAAAGAUAUUUCAAACAAAACUACAUUUGAAUAGGUACAAGACAGUAAGAAGAGUGGUAGUGGUAGAAGUGGAAGACCCAUUCUAAGCAAGUGUUUUAACUUUGUAAACUGCUACAAAUUAGAAACUGUAUCAUCACUCCAUGUAAAUAAAUAAAAAGGUGUGAAUUUCACAUUUUGUUCUGUGAUUCUGGAGUGUGGAAUAUUCUUCCCUUUAAGGAGAAAUACGAUCUGUUUGCUAAGAAAUCUAUUCAUUCCAUUUUUACAUUCCCUUUCCUGCAAUGGGUUUAACUUUCUCACCUUCGCUUCACUAAAAAUGUUUAAGAGGUAAAAGCAAGUAUUUGUUUUUUGCCAAUGAUGGUAA